UUAGACAGGAGCACAUGAAAACAUCAGCCCAAGCUCCUCUUACAGAGAGCCCUCUACAAGCAACCAUGGCAGUUGAUUCUACCAGAAGAGAUAUAACUUUGCUGCAUAGUCAGACCAGACUCACUUCCUAUGGUGUAAAGAGAUACUAGAGGAAGACAUUUUUGAGAACAGAAUAUUGCAGGUCAUGCAUGGGGGAAUGGAAGAAAAUAGCUUUCAAAAUGACUAUAAAAAUGCUCAAAGUGAUACCUGUCUUCAGUUAACUUCUUCUCAAAACAAUAUCACUUCAGACAACUUAACCGAUCACUUCUAUCUAUAUCAGCUGAUAAUGGCGCCUAGAGUCAUCAUCAUUCUACUGUUCAGUCUUACUUACUCAACUAUUACUCUAACAGCACCUGUGCCUCGAUCACAGAAUAGUGUCGAAGAUGGCAGACCUCGAAGACAGACCUUAGGAACACCUAGCAUUGUCUCGAUUAUGGUGGCUUCAGACUCAUCUGAUGAAAACUGCCCAAUAUAUGGUGACAGAGAUUGUGGAAAGGUUCAAGAUAUGCUGUGUGCAGCACAAACAUUUCAGCAAGAGUACAUCAGGAGGCUGAGCCAACCAGCCUCCAUGCAAUCAGUGGAUUCCUGUGCAAGAGUUGCUUUCGCUCGUACCAACAACAUAAGACAUUUGUACGAUGACUUCAAGACUCUCUCCUCUAUUUUCAUGCAAGUGGGACAGGACUUUUCAUUUCCAAACUUUGCCGAUACUCAGUGUCAAAUCAGGCACAUUAACUCAUAUCUGGGAGAAACGGUUGACUAUUUCUGUGAGUACAACAAGACUGAGUGUGGAACAGUUCGUUAUGUUUGCAACACUGAUUUCAUCCCCAAUCCGACAUUUAACUACACAAGGGAUCAAUUUGAUGAGGAGUGUUUCGAUAAUCUCCUUAACUCACUCCAGAUGGCUCUUAACCUGCUCCAUCACCAAUAUUUCUCGGCAGUUUCAGGACAAAGUAUUUGUGCGCGUCCUGGUGCUACUUGCUUCAGAGCAUCGCACGACCAGACAGCCUCGUUGGAAUCAUUCAGAGCAAUCCUCAGAGAAAGACAACAAAGCCUGCCAUCUUCACUUAUUACUCACAAUGAUGUGGAAUGCAGACCUGCUAUUGUAUUUGAACCGUCUGUGCUCAACUUGUACUCAUCCUUGGUUGAGACGAGUCGAGAGCUGUCCACUGUAUCAAACCAGAGUGACCUUGUUCAGCAACUGAACUUAACUGUUUUGCCUCUUCUUCAUGAUGUAGUGACACCAGUUGUUGAUGAGAGUGCAUUGAAUGGACUGAGUAUCACCAUUCCUAGCAGCCCGCAAGAACACUCUGAAGAUGAAGCAAUGGCCAGCUGCCUUGUAACUCGUCUGAGCAUAACGUACGAGGCCCUAAUGCACGAUCAGCUUCGUCACCAUUGGACAGUACUGAACAGAGCAAGAGAUACUGGCUGCGUCUAAAACCAGUGACACGGACUUCACCAUGGAAGCUAUGAACAAUGACUUCAGGACACUGUUAACAUUUAAUGCGGCAAAGAUUUUAGAUAGCAUUUACUACCCAAUUCUUUUGAUAGAAUCACUUAACUUCAUUUUUUCUCACUUUUUAUUUGAGUUUGUGUAUA